AUGAUAUCUGAGAAUCAGGCUUUAGAUAUCCUUAUCAUUGGGGCGGGAGUUGCCGGUCUUUCAGCCGCUAUUGCUUUUGGGAAACAAGGUCAUAAUGUGGUUAUUUUGGAAAAAUCAGGUUUCCUUAAGGAAACUGGAGCAGCCAUCCACUUACCUCCAAACUGUACUGCGAUGCUGAAUUGGAUGGGUGUUGAUCCUACCAAGUUUGGCGGCACUCUUCUUCAUGAGCUUCGUCGGUAUGGAUUCGAGGGUGAUCUUCAUUAUACAAAGGAUUUUGACAAAGUUCGCCAUAUGUGGCAGGCUGAGUGGUAUCUCGUUCAUCGGGUUGACUUGCACAAUUAUCUCAAGAAUCGUGCACUCGAGACAGCGGAUCUCCACACAAAAUGCAAGAUCACGGCGAUCGAUAUCAAUUCUUCUCGUCCUUCCGUCACUCUAGAAGAUGGUCGCGUAUUCGAGGCAGACCUGUUAAUUGGUGCAGAUGGACUACAUUCCCAGAUUCGUGGUGCUAUUGCACCUGAAGCUCCCGCGCCAUACCCAGUUGGAAAGGCGUGCCUCCGAUGGCUUCUCCCCACUGAGGAUUUGCAAAAAUUCGAUUCAACCAAAGACUUUGUCAAGUCCCCAGGGAUAUUCAUUGAAUGGGCUGCUAAUGACCGUCGCCUGGUCGCUUAUCCAUGCUCUGACAGCAAAGUCUAUAACCUUUGUGCCUUUGCACCCUCUAAUGAGGUGAACAGUGAUACCCAAGCUGACGGCUGGCAGACAGCUGGUGACAAGCAGACCGUGAUUAAAGCAUUCUCCGAAUUCUCCCCUGGGGUUCGGAAGAUCGUUGAAGAGGCCGAUGAGAAACUCAAAAUAUGGGAGCUAUUUGACAUGGAGGGUUUACCUAGAUGGACAGCAGGCCAUAGUGCACUUAUCGGCGAUUCUGCACACCCAUUUCAGCCAUAUAUGGGUCAAGGUGGAGCGAUGGCUAUCGAAGAUGCAGUUGGGGUUGCUGCACUGCUUCCGAUUGGGACGAAAAGAGGAGAUAUCCCAGCACGCCUACGCAUGUACGAGGCUAAUCGUCGUCCCCGCGUCGAAAUGGUCCUCAAGUACACUCGUCUUAAUGGACGUGAUGAUGAUGGUUCUGAAGGUGUCAGAAUAUCACCAACCGAAAUGGUGGAAGUUAUGGGUGUUUGCUUUUCUUAUAACGAGGUCACGCAGUGUCAAAAGCUUCUAGCGGAGCAGCAACAG